UGAAAGUCUGCGUCCAUUAACAGUAUGACAAAUAUUUUUGGCUAAAAUGACACAUUUUCUCAAAAGUAAGAAAUUUCGAUGAAAGCAAGCAACAAAAAGCGGUCCAAAAACCGAAAAUUACUUUAUAUAGAAAGUAAAUUGAAAAACAAAACAAAAAAACUCACAAAAAAUGACGAAUUCAUUACACGGUUUGUGUUGUAUGGGUGUGAGAGCGAACGCGAGCGAUAUGAACAAUUGGAAAUAAUAUAGUAAAUUAGCUGCUAAAAUGAUCAACGUUUGAAAUUGAUGUGAGUGAGUGUAUUGCGGCGAUUACCUGCAAUACGCGCUGUAUUGCAAAUGUAAAAGAGGAAAAAAAAAACCAAAACCGAAAUUCCCACACAAAAUGCGACAUAUACACAGGGGCCCACAUUGCCUGUCCGCGUCCACGGUGUGGUGUGUGAGGCGACAACAGCGACGGCCACAGUGCGAGCAAGACGAUGCGACAGAGAAAGUGUGUAUGUGUGUGUGCGCGCGUGCGACGUUAGGCCUGGCCUACAAGUUGCGGACAGAUGGUGUGCGUUCGACAUUCGCUACAUGUACAUUCAUUUCGUGUGAUGUUUCGCGAGUGAGAACAACAAAAAACAAAACGUGCAAACGACUUUUUCGUCAGUUAAAUAAGUGAUACGUAAGUGUGAAGAAUAUUUUAUAUCGCGCACAAGAGAUCCAAACUUUUAAGUGCAAAAACAAAACGAAAUAUAUUUUUUCUACCAACAGUAAAUAAAGAAAGAAAAAACAGGUGCCAUCAAACGAAUCAACCAAGGAUUAACAAAAUCGACGAAUUUUUUCUCCGUGUAGAUUUACUUAAUCUCAAAUCAAUAAUCAACGAAAUAAUACAGCGAGAAAUUGAACCGUGAAGUUUAUGUAUGUGGAAAAUUCCUAUGUACAGGAAUCAAAAGCUGAAAAUUAACUUAGCUUGCCAUUGAGAAGAGUGUGUUAUUUUGUGAAAUCGAGAAAAAAAGGGAAAUUUUGUAUGAAACAAUGAAACCGACUGUGAUAAAUAAUACCAGUGAAAAUCCCCAUCAGCCCCAGCAUGACCAGCAACCCAAUAUGAAUAACGCUAACAAUUGUCAGGCACAGAAUGACCAUUCGCGACGAUUUCCACAAUUUCGGCAGCAUGGAUUUGGUGGAUUCGAUGAUCCAGAUGGUGAUGUUUUCGCUGACAUGGGAUUGCGAUCACGAUUGAAUCGCAUGGGAAAUCCGUUUGAUUGGAGCGCUCGCAAGCGACGCGGUUCCGGUCAAAAUGCAGGCGAUGCAUAUGAUCAUCAUUAUUUUGAUGACGUUGAUUUUCCAUUUGGUUCGACCUGGGAUGCUUUCGGACGAAUGGGAAACAAACGACACCCAGCCGAAACUGCCGAUCGCAGUGGUUUCUUCGAUUAUGUUCCACAGGAGUUUAGACAGUACGUGCCCGAACACUUUGGAACUCAUUUCCGCGGUGGUCAUGGACACCCACAUCAACAACAACAACCACAACAACAAGCGCCGCCACCACAACAGCAACAACAAGCGCCGCCUCAGCAACAGCAAACUUAUCAACAAACCGGUUCGAAAUCUAAUCUCUGUGAUGCAGCCAUCCAAACUGACGAUCUUGGCACUCAGAACAAUGGCGAUCGAAGAGAUGGACCCAAUUCCGCUGAUCAUCAUGAUAAUCGUAAUGACAGUAAUGUAAAUCGAAGCUCAAGUUCCGCAUCGAGCUCAAGCAGUUCGACUCCAUAUGGAAAUCAAGUGCAUAUGUCGACGUCAGCAGAUGGCCCGGGCGCUCAUGCCAGCGCAUCGGCCGGAAAUAAUCAAAAUCAAUACUAUCAACAAAGUCCAAACUAUGCACACCAAGCACCACCAUAUGGUCGACAAUAUCAGCAACCAUAUGCACCGCAAUACCAAUAUUCACAAUCGCCACCACCACCACCACCACAACCACAUCCAUCGCAAGAAGGUUUUGUGCGAAAUGUACCAAUUGUACUCGAAGAAACCGGUACACCGGUAAAUAAAGUGCGCGCCGAAACUAGUGCAGCACCUGCAACCCCACCCACGUCUCAAACAGGUUCGAACAAAGCACGACCAGAACCAUUGAACAAAGAGUCAUUCGCAUCGAACGAGCCAAUACCAAUGCCGUGUCCUCCUCAGCCUGGUUCUCAGAAUCAACAACAGCCACAACAGCAUUCCGACAACCAAGAUGAUGCUGAUUCAGCACCUCCGCAAACUCCUCAUACCGCUGACUGUAUAUCGAAAAUUCAGGCCAUUCAACGUGAUGUGUUGGAAUUGAUGUUGGCCGUUGAGCAGUUUGGUGGAAAACGCGGCGACAAAGAUUAUGCGUAUUUAGAUGAAAUGCUUACGCGAAACUUGCUGAAAUUAGACACAAUCGAUACAAAUGGCAAAGAGAGCAUACGGCUGGCACGAAAGGAAGCCAUCAAAUGUAUUCAAACAUCGAUCGCGGUGUUGGAGGCAAAGUCUGAUUUGCAUUUGAACGAAAAACGAGAUAGCAUCGAUCAGUUGAAUAAAGAGACAGCCGAAAGUGGUAACAAUUCCGAGCCAGCUGCAGUGCCGUCCGAUGAAAAACCAGCCGAAAAAAUGGAUGUCGAAGAAACAAAUGCUGAACAAUCGUCGGCAUCUACUGAGCAAAAUGUUGAUGCAAACGCCGAUAUUCCCAAAGUUGAGAACAUUACUAUCGAUGAUAAGCCGACCAAUGGCAAUGAAAAACCUCCACAAAACGAAGCGGAAAAUAAACCGGAGAAAAGUAGUGCCACACCAGAAAAUGCCGACGCCAAGAAAUAAACACUCAACGACGACGACGAUGAUAGUGGUGGUGAUCAUGAUUUCAAUAUAACUGACACUUUAUCAAAGAGUCAAUAAGCUAAGGAAUGUUGUUGAACACUUAUUAAAUGACAAUGAAUAAUGGAUAUAAAACUUAAUUUUUUUUUUGGAUUACAAUGAAACAGAAAAUAAAAAUCUAAUUGCGAAAAAAAAAAAUUUGAAAAUAUUUAAUAAAAAAAAACCAUAUUCGAGUUAGAAGAAAA